CCAUUCAGUUCUGUUUCGGAUUUGCUAGCGUUACGAGCCUAAAAAAGUGUGCCUCUGCCUCCAAUCUUCGUCCGCGGUGUUCAAGUGUCGGUUGACAUCUUCCCAAACGGGGUGCGUUGAGUGAUUUACGCGAGAAUUUUUGUUCAGAAUAAUCGUAAAAAAAUAACAAAAAAAAACAUCGAUCUUAAGAAAAAAUUGAGAUAACAUAAUAAAAGGAGUGCUCACAAAAAUUCUACAGUGGGAAACCAUGCAAUAUUUGGUUGAAGUUUGAUCAAGUGAUACAGAGAAAAAAUAAAACGCGCAAUCAUGGAAGUCCCAUCGACCAGUUCGGUUACCCCGAAACGUCAUAGUCUAACCGUGGCGGCAGAUGAAAACGAAAGUGAAGUGAUCAACCUAUCGGAUUCUCGUAAUCCGUCUCCCUUGCUACCACACAAGGGUCCCAAAAAAGUAUCCUUUUCCGACGAACUGCCCCAAGAGGGCGCUUCUUCGUCUGGUUCAACCCUGGGCGAUAAAAGUGAGAGUGUCAAGCAGUCCCACUCCGAAACCAACCCUUUCGUGUUCAGACUCCAGAAGAAUGAUUCCUAUCUCAACAAUUUGCACCAGAUCAACGCACCGGAACCCCUGCAGGUGACUGGUUCGGACGUGUUCCCGAAUCAACGUAAGAUUUCGAUCCACUUAGUGCAUGAAAGUGAAACCGUUAACCUUGACUCGAAGCAUCCGGCCGGGUCGACCGUGAAACCUGGUGACCUAAUUCCGAACCAACCGCCAGCGGGUCACUUUGAUCCCAUUUCCGCCGGACUUGUGAAUGAUCUGCGGGCUCAGCGGGAGCUAGUGAGUGUCGCGAUGACCGGGAAAAAGCCCAAUUUGGCGGAUAGUGAUAAAAUUGAAAAAAUCGGAUCGAAAACUACCGGAGCUCCGGAGACGGCCGUUGUCAGUGCGAUGGAACUGGAGGUGAAGCGCGACAAACGCCGCUGGCUGCUGAUUUCCGAGAUGAGUGCCACUCUGGGCGAAGAAAAACACUCAAUCGAUGGCUUCAAGCGGAUCUUCCGUGAGCAGACGUUCCUGCAGAAUUUAUUCCGGCUGUUCGACAUGGAUAACGAAAAUUAUUUGGUGCAAGACAAGUGGAUCGAACACAUUAAGGGCAGACUAACCAACGAGAAACAGAUGGAUUUCGCCGAGCAGCUGGAGUCGGUGGCGUACGUGCUUUGCGGCGAAGGAACAGUCACUUAUGAAAAGUUUUGCCAAAUAUGGCAUGCCAAAGGGAUCCUGGACAAACUGUACCGCCUGAUAGACGUGGACUCUACCAACCUGCUGUCGACCAACCAGAUCAUGGAGUUCAUAUCCAAUCUGACCAACGCGCGACCACGCACCGGCUUCGAUAAAUCUUCUCUCGAACAUCUGGAGCAGCUUUUCAUCAAAACCGUUGGCAACGAGAAAGAGAUCCGGCGAGAGGAAUUCAAAAAGAUCGUGACAUCGAAAAAUCCCUUCUUCACGGAACGCGUGUUUCAAAUUUUCGAUAAGGACAACUCAGGCUCGAUUUCGUUACAGGAAUUUAUUGACGCUAUCCAUCAGUUCGCCGGCCAGUCCCCGGAGGAUAAAAUUAAAUUUUUAUUCAAAGUAUACGAUCUGGAUGGUGACGGUCUGAUACAGCAUCUAGAACUGCAGCACGUGAUGAGGGCCUGCAUGGAAGAGAAUGGAAUGCGAUUCUCGGAGGAACAGAUCGAAGAUCUGACCAUGGCAAUGUUUGAAGAUGCCGAUAAGUUCAAUCGGGGCGCCAUCACGUACGAAGCCCUCAAGAGUCAGCUGGAGAAGCACGGAGGACUGCUGGAAAAUUUGAGCAUUAGCAUCGACCGGUGGCUCGUUCCGUUGCCACAGGAGAACGUGGCGAGAAAGAAGCACAAGAGGAAACCGCUGCCCCAUCAGUUGACGGCGCCGUAUAUUAAGAAUAAUUACGUGUACCUCUCGUUUCUGGCCAUUUUCACCCUGAUAAACGUGGGUCUGUUUAUCUCGCGUGCGAUCCAGUAUCGGCACCACAACGGAUUUGUCAUACUGGCGCGAGCCUGCGGACAAUGUCUCAACUUCAACUGCGCCUUCAUCCUGGUCCUGAUGCUGCGCCAGUGCAUCACGUUCCUCAGGACACGUGGUUUCACGGCGGUUCUACCGCUUGACCAGCACAUCUACCUGCACAAGCUAACCGGGGUGCUGGUGGCUGCCUACAGUUUACUCCAUACUAUAAUGCAUUUGUUCAAUUUCACGACGAUUGUCGUGAACGAUCCGGUUGUCAACGCGAAGAACUUCACAACGGCCGAGUGGCUAUUCACCGCUAGACCUGGUUUGUUCGGUCUGGUCGGGGGAUGUGCCAAUCCCACUGGAAUCGCGCUGUUCUUCAUCCUGCUCAUAAUGUUCAUCUGUUCGCAGCCGUUCGUACGACGUGGAGGAAGCUUUGAAGUGUUCUACUGGACCCACCUGCUGUACAUUCCCUUCUGGAUUCUGGUGCUCUUUCAUGGUCCAAAUUUUUGGAAGUGGUUUAUCGUUCCCGGAACUAUAUACCUCAUAGAGCGCGCCGUUAGAUUAGUUUGGAUGCGAACGGAGCAUGGCAAGACGUACAUCUCAUCCGGACUGCUGCUACCCUCAAAAGUCACUCAUUUGGUUAUCAAGAGGCCCGUUCAUUUCUGCUUUCGUCCGGGUGAUUACGUCUUCGUGAACAUUCCGGUGAUUGCCAAGUACGAGUGGCAUCCGUUCACGCUGAGUAGCGCCCCCGAACAGGAAGACUACAUUUGGCUGCACAUCCGAGGCGUUGGCGAGUGGACCAAUCGGUUGCAUUAUUUCUUCGAGAGGGAGCAGGAGCGACUGCACAACGGAGAGAUCCCCGCCAUGAUAGCGGGAUGUUCGACAACGCCGAGCUCUUCAUCGGCGAGCCAGGUAGUGCAGGAAAAGGCGCGAGAGGUACCCCUGAAGCUACCCGGGGGACUAACGAAGAGCACAAGCGUGGAAUCACCCCUGGCUAAGAGUUCAGAGAAACCAUACGAUAAACCGAUGAUGAACAAACGCGUCCCACCAGGCACUUCCAAGCUUGCUAUGGAGAGCUACACAGCUCCCUCGUCCAACCCACCACCCAAGCUUGACAGACAACUGUCAGAGAACAAGGCGAUCAAGAAGAUUCAGGCUACGUUGCAGAGAACGUUCUCCCGGAAGGAUCAAUUCCGAGGAAAUGGUGUGGCGAAUGACGGUUUUAUCGGUGAUGACGGACUGGAUGAGCCAAAACGGAAAGUCACACCCGAACAUAACCUCCAUAAGCUUCUGUUCCAACAGAAAGUUCCUCUGGAGAAGUCACUUUCGAUGCCUGAUAUGCAGAACAAAGUCAAGAAACGGGAACGUAUGAUGGUUCUGCGAGAAUACAUGCGCUCCGAAUCGGAAAGAUCAUUUGAUGAGGUUCAAAUCAGGAAAGCUCGACUACAAUCACUCGGUCUUGCCUAUCUGAGUCCCCAGAACAAGUCCUUGGCCCAAAGCUUCCGUUACAUGCGCAACAAACCAACCAUCAUAGCGUUCAAAACUCCAAGCCUGGAGAAUUGUGAGCCACGCGAUUCAACCAACUCGAUGGUAGUUUCGCCCGGAAUGUUCACUCAGAAGGAAGCGGAGGAGGGGAAGAUUGUGCGCCGCGUUGGAUCACCUCCGCCGGACAAACCAGGAGCUACCGACGAGGAUAAGCUGCAGCGACCGGUGAACUAUCCGGUGGGGAAACCUCUGGAGAUCUACAUCGAUGGUCCGUAUGGUGCACCAUCGAGUCACAUCUUCCAGGCACAACAUGCGGUUCUGAUAGCCACCGGAAUAGGAGUAACCCCCUUCGCUUCCAUUCUCCAGUCCAUCAUGCAUAGGUACUGGAAGGCACGCCACUGCUGCCCACGUUGUAACUACGAGUGGUCCAGCGAAAUUCCUCCGACCAUCAUGAACCUUCGCAAGGUGGACUUUUUCUGGAUCAAUCGAGACCAGCGGUCAUUCGAAUGGUUCGUGAAUCUUCUCUCCCAGCUUGAGAUCGAACAGGCCGAGCUGGGAGGUGCGAUGGAACGGUUCCUGGAGAUGCACAUGUACAUCACCAGCGCCCUUCAGAAGACCGAUAUGAAGGCGGUUGGACUGCAGCUCGCGUUGGAUUUGCUGCAUCAAAAGGAAAAACGUGACCUUAUAACGGGGUUGAAAACACGGACCAACGCGGGUCGACCGAACUGGGAUAAGGUGUUCAAGCAGCUGCAGGAUCAGAAGAAGGGCAAAGUGAUAGUGUUCUAUUGUGGCCCACCGCAACUAGCCAAAACAAUUCGCUACAAGUGUGACCAAUUCGGAUUCCAGUUCCGCAAAGAAGUGUUCUAGGGGUGACUCCGCCAACCGCAUGUUGCUUUCGAUCGGGAGAGGAUGAUGAGAACGAGUGUAACGCUAUUUAUUUUACCUGUUUUUUUUUUCUUAUGCUGUUAAUUGUUGACAUCGCAAUUGUUGAAGUUCUGAAACUCGUUUUUUAAUAAAAGUAUUUUAAUUUAUUGAUUCUUCUCUAGGUGCGACAUCCAAACGAAAUAAAACGC